AUGUUUCAGGCAAGAUCAAAAAGAGUUCUACAGAGCACUUUAAUAGCACUUUCAUGGAUUCCAGUUUUUCUAACCAUCAAUAAUAAUGUGGUGCAUAUUGCACAAGUUAAAGGAAUCUCGAUGCAGCCUACGCUGAACCCACAAACAGAAACACUAGCAAAAGAUUGGGUACUACUUUGGAAGUUUGGUGUCAAAAAUCCAGUCAAUCUAUCAAGAGACGAUAUUGUUCUUUUUAGGGCUCCGACAAAUCCUAGGAAAAUCUAUUGUAAAAGAGUUAAAGGCUUACCGUUUGACACCAUUGAAACAAAAUUUCCAUACCCCAAACCUCAAGUAAACCUACCCAGAGGACAUAUAUGGGUCGAAGGAGACAACCUUUUCCAUUCGAUUGAUAGCAAUACAUUUGGCCCCAUUUCUAGUGGGUUGGUUAUAGGGAAAGCUGUAUCGAUUGUUUGGCCACCUUCUAGGUGGGGGUCAGAUCUCAAACUGAGUACUGGCAGGGAUUGUAUUAGCAAAAGAGCCAUUCCUGAAUGA